AAAAGCCAUAAAUCUGUUGUUUAUUACUUUUAAAUUGAAAAACUGCUGACAUGGAUUCAAAGUUCAAUCAAAAAAAACUUUCACUUUAAUUUUAAUUUAAUGUGAGGAACCACAGAUACCGUAGAUAAAUCCAAACAGUCCAAAUAUGGGAAUACUUAUAAAUAUAACAGUUUUUGUCCGUUAUUACUUGGAUUUACUAAUAGACAAACUAUUUGGGUUAUGUUAUGAUCCGACGCGAGAAUACAUUCCACCAAUCAAAAACCCAAUUUUAUUAGAAAGCGCCACUUCUUUAGCAAAAAAAAUUAAAAAACACGAGCUAACAUCACAAGAAAUCGUUAAAGCAUUUAUUGAUAGAAUACACGAAGUUAAUCCGAUAAUAAAUGCGCUGGUAGACGAACGGUUCAAUGAGGCUUUAAAAGAGGCUGAAAAAAUUGAUGAAGAUAUUGCAAGUGGCACUAUUAUGGAAGUAGAUUUCCAAGAGAAACCUUUCUUAGGCGUACCUUUCACGUCCAAAGAAUCAACAGCGUGUGAAGGUCUUUCUUGGACAUUCGGCAUAAAAAAACGCAAAGGAAAAAAGGCUAAUUUUGAUGCGGCUUGUAUAAAAUCCAUGAAACAAGCAGGAGCAAUUUUAUUAGGCGUCUCCAACGUACCCCAACUAAAUCUAUGGCAAGAAACUAGCAAUCCUGUAUAUGGAUUAACUAAAAAUCCUUAUAAUACAACUAGAAAUGUUGGUGGUUCUUCGGGAGGCGAAUCCAGCCUAUUAGCUGCUGGUGCAACACCUUUAGGGGUGGGUACCGAUAUUGGUGGUUCUUGUAGAAUACCUGCAUUCAUGUGUGGCGUUUUUGGGCAUAAAAUAACCAAUAAUCUUGUCUCAACUGAAGGUUUAACUUUCAGAACUGGUGAAGAAACUGAUAGUAUGGUUUCUGUUGGUCCUAUGACAAGAUUUGCUAGAGAUCUAGCGCCUUUUAUAAAAGUACUAGUUGGAGGGGCGAAUGCUGGAAAAUUGAAUUUAGAUCUGCCAGUUUCUAUUAAGAAAUUGAAAGUUUAUUAUGUUACAGAUCCAGGAGAUUCUUUAAUGAGUCCUUUUAGGAAUGAAAUGAAAAAAGUAUUGAUGAAAGCUGUAGCUCAUUUAGAAGAAACUUGCGAUCUGAAACCCCAAGAAUUGGUCUUCCAAGAUUUGCAGUAUCAAUAUAAAAUUUGGAAAUAUUGGAUGUCUGUUGAAGGCAACAAUUUCAAAAACGAAAUUAAUGAUAAAAAAGGGGAAGUGAGUCCGAUGAAAGAAAUCCUUAAACAUUUCACUGUGGGUGGUGAUUUUACUACAGCUACAGUAUUAAACCUAAUGAAUGGAUAUCUUAAAACUGCAAAUAUGGUUGAUAUGACGAAAACUUUAAAAGAAGCCUUUUUGACAAAAUUGGACGACAACAGCAUACUUUUAUACCCAUCAGCACCGUUUCCAGCUAGCUACCAUCACACGGCCUUAAUAAGACCUUACAAUUUUGCUUGUUUCGCUAUAUGGAAUGCAAUGAAAUUUCCUGCAACCCAAGUACCAAUGGGCUUGAACAAAGACAGCUUGCCUUUGGGAAUUCAAGUGGUAGCAGCUCCAUAUCAAGAUAGAUUAUGUGUAGCUGUUGCCAAGGAAUUGGAAACUGCUUUUGGUGGCUAUGUACCACCAACUGUUAGUGGACAGUAAAAAAGUUGUUAUUUUGUGUUAUUUUGAAGAUUUGACUAUAAUUUAUUUUUUGAUAUUUCACAUUUCACUAAGAAAGUGUUAAGUUUGUAUUUUAAUGUUUGCUCUCCUAAUAAUUAUUAGGAGUAAGAAAAUCAGAAAUAAUAUUUUUACAACUAUAAAGGGUUUGAAGAAGUCAAAUGGUGGUUUUAUGCAUAAUCAAUUGUAUAACUUUUCAUUGGUUUGGUACAUAAUUUCUAAUUAUAUUAUUAUUUGAAUAA